UCAGCCUUGAUGUUCGGGAUUUGUAACGUCAGUAUCGUACGACUUGCAUAGAAUAAACCUGGUUGGGGACAUACUCAUUGCAGUCAGACCCAUGAUUUCCCGGACUCUGGAGUUCUGUUAUAUCAGCGCGAGAACUCCCACUUUGGUGGCGAUUUGGUGGUGAUCCCAAGACCUUUUGUUUUCCAACCAAGUGUUACACGAACACGAAGAUGGCGUAUUAUACUAGUGGCCAAUGGCCUGCGGUCCAGACGUCAACAUGGCCUGGCCCAGCCCCUUAUCAUGACUGGCAAAACUCAGCGAUGAAUGGUGGCUCGCCUGAGUCAAGCUCUGUAAGUCUUCCUACACAAGCUAAGGAAGCACGAGCUAAGACCCCCCAGUCAAACUCUCCUUCGCAGGGCUACUACGAACCCAUGGAUGCGGCAAACAUAACUUCCUACACAGCCUCAUCCUACUCCCAACAAGGAGCUGCUUCAAGCUCAGCCUAUUACUCCCACGACUCAGAAGGACCAUCAAUUUCCUACCUCCCAACAACAGCCGACGACAUCCCGUACUACUGCUCCGGAGAUACCACCUCUUACGACCCAUCAGCGCUCACCUCUCCCACUCAAUAUUCCUCAGAACCCGUAUACCAAGACGACCAAAGCCAGUACGACAUGACACCAGAACCAGAAUCCUCGGGCCCGGGAAGGAGGAAAUCCACGUCGAAUUCAAGUUCGAAGCAGAAACGGCAGCUGCAAAACCGCCUGGCGCAGCGCGCAUUCAGAGAGAGGCAGGCGAGGCAGCAGGAGGAGCUGCAUCGAAAGGUCAGGCAUCUGAAGGAGCAGUAUGAGGAUUUGGAGGGCAAGUACCAGCAGUUGAGGGGCGAGCAUGAGCGGUGUGGGCAGAAGGAGCAUCGGCGAGAUUGUAACUGUGGGAGGGCGUGAAACUUUUUACGCUUUGAGAUUUGGAUAUUGAUUUCUGGAGUUCUUGGGUUAUUGGAUGGGUGAGCUUAACGAGAGAAGAUUAAGAGAAGACCAUUUAGGCUGAUUUGGUCGUUUGUACGAGCGGGAGUCUGGGACAGAAAGCAGAUCUGCUCAAUUUGUUAUUAUUAUACUUACUUGCGCAAGCGAAAAAUGUCUUCACGAAGUCACGAAAGCAUUUUAGCGGGCGAGGUAGUUCUGGCGUAUACUUUGGAACUUUUUUAAUUAGAGCAUCCAAAUGAUAUGACCAUUUUCAGACAAGUCGG